GAUCUGACUCGAGCUAUGCACCCAGCUCCACAAACUCUCAGUCGUUGAUUGAUAGGUCUUUUCACUUUUUGAAUCCCUCCUGUCGUCGUCGUUCAACCUCUGAAAAACUCGCGCACGAUGAACCCGCUCACGAUACUCGUCCCUCUUCUCUCCGCAAGCAUUGUUCAUCCUGUAUCGUUUUCCUUGUCACUUUCAUUCUCCCUACUCGAGUUUUUUACACGCCCCUUGCUCCUACCUCUCCGCCAGGUUUACCAUGUCCUGGUGCUUUUGAUACGGAUGCUGUUAAGGCUUGAGGUGAAUAUGGAACCCUCUCCUAUCCCCUAUGCCAUGCGACGACACCUGUCACAUAUCAGAAAAUACUCAAGCAUUGGAUGCCCAUUGAUGCACCUUGAAACUCCAUGCCGUUUUCCACAACAUGACCGAUCACGCAUAUUCCCUUACAUCAUAUAGCUAGUUCUCUCGUGUGAUGAAUUUGAAACUAAAAUUGCAUACAGCCGGUAUACAACUUUUUCGGAACAGCAUUCCUUUUCGGAGCAAUUGCGGGCUACAUGCUGCACCUUACUUUGCGGUCCGCAUACCAGAUGUUGAACAUAGCCCCUUCGCCCCCUGAGCAGCUCCUGAAGCAAAAAGAACCGGCUCAUAUUUCGGUGACAGGAUCGUUGAAAGAGCAUGAGACCGACAAUUUUGAGAUGGCAACUCUCGGGAACGAGGGUCAGAGACCCAGAUGGUCCAGUGGGAUACGUCCGAGGACGAGAUAUAUAUAUCCCCGCUGGCUUCGAAGAUCGAAUGACCCCAUGGGCAGCAGCAUAUUAGAGGAAGAUGAGGACUGAGCUAACGGAACCCCGUAUGUGUGAUAUCGCGAACCAAUGGUGUAGCAUGCACAGAGAGAUCCCCUUAGGGGAG